GGACGAAAACCAGGGUCUUCUUCAGCUUCAACUUCACCACAGUAAUCAGCAUUCAUAAAUAAAAAUACAAAAUACGCCAUGAGGAAAUCGGUGAAUCGUCCUCCAACACCGGAUGUUGUGGAAAAUCCUGAAAAAGAGCCCGCGCUUCAAGAACUCGUCAAUAUAAAGUUGAUAGAAAGUGGCGAAAAGGAGCGAUUAAUGGAGCUUCUAAGGGAAAGGCUCAUAGAGUGUGGUUGGAAAGAUGAAAUGAAAGCUCUUUGCAGGCAAUUUGUAAAGAAAAAAGGGAGCAAUAAUGUUACUGUGGAUGACCUUAUACAUGUGAUUACUCCUAGGGGCAGAGCAUCCAUUCCGGACUCCAUAAAAGCCGAGCUUUUGCAAAGAAUCCGUACAUUUCUCGUUUCAGCAGCUCCCUGAUACAAAAUCAAGGUUUGGUUUGUGGGUAAUGGAGAUGGGAAUUUCGGGAAUGUCACAAAGCACUGAAUGGAUCCCCCAUUGUAAACGUGUCUUACAUUGCUUUGUCUGUCUGGUGAGUGCAGCUGUUAUUUGGAGGGAAUUAUCACCGAGACAUGCUUGAGAAAAUGUUUCAUGAAAUAGAAUCAUUUACGUUUGUGAAAAUUGACUCAUGAAUUAUAUUUAACUCGUGUAAUUUUAUAAUGUCAUGAAGAAAGAAAGAUUUUAACUAAUUCUUUCUAGUAACUUUGUACUUGUCUCAUAUGUUGAUGUCAAAUGGUUAUUUUAUGCAGACCGUCUUUGAAGAAAACAAGUCUUUUUUUUUUAAUUA